UAAUGAUGAUUACUGUUGAGUAGUAGUGACAGAUAUGUAUCCUGCAGCUUCGAAGUCAGAGGUACCUGCAGAAUGAGGACAGAGAGGAAAAGCACAAACCAAGGGAGAGAGAAGACUCAAAGUUAAUGACAUUAAUAGUGUGAUAUAAAUGCAUUGAGAGAGACGGAGAGAGAGAGAAGAUGUGCUCAGUACAUCAGGGAAGUUUCCCAAGCGGCCUCAGCCUAUAGCAAUAUAACUAAGGGAUGGUUCAGAACUCACCUGAACUAGCCCUAACCAUAACCUUUAUCAAAGAGGAAAGCUUUAAGCUUAAUCUUAAAUGUAGAGAGGGUGUCUGCCUCUCAAACCCAAACUGGGAGCUGGUUCCACAGGAGAGGAGACUGAUAACUGAAGGCUAGGUCUCUCAUUCUGCUGUUGGAAACUCUAGGAACCCACAAAUUGCAGGGUGCCUUGUAAGAUGUCCUGGGAUGAGCUGGAAGCCCUGUGUCGCAGAGAGAGGCUCCACUGUAAACAGCUUGGGGUGAACAGAACCAACGUCAAUGAGUAUGAGGUGGAAUUCCUCUGUGACUACAAGAAGACUAAGGAGGAGGAGUUCUACCUGGUAAAGUGGAGAGGGUUCCCAGAGUCAGAUAACACCUGGGAACCCAAGAGGAACCUCAGAUGCCCCAAACUGAUAAAGCAGUUCCAUCUGGACCUUGAUCAGGAGCUGAGGCGCCACAAGAGACGCUGCAUCCCUAAAAAGCUAGAUAAGGAAGUUGCAUCAAUCCUCAUUCAGAAAGCCAAACUCCGUCAGAGUCUACAGCGGUGGGAGGCCCAUUUAAAUCAGACUCGCAACCACCCAGGUCGCAUUUUUGUCAUGAACGAAGUGGACCUCGAGGGUCCCCCAAAAAACUUCACCUACAUCAACAACUACAAAGUAGGCCAGGGCAUAGUGUUAGAUGAGAUGGCUGUGGGUUGUGAGUGUAAGAACUGUUUACAGGAGCCAGUGAAUGGCUGCUGCCCUGGGGCCUCCUUACACCGCAUGGCCUAUAAUGAUAGGGGACAGGUCCGGAUCCGGGCGGGACAGCCCAUAUACGAGUGUAACUCCCGAUGCAGCUGUGGCCCUGAUUGUCCUAACAGAGUGGUCCAGAAGGGUAUCCAGUUCGACCUGUGCAUCUUUAAGACAGAGAAUGGCCGGGGAUGGGGUGUCCGCACCCUGCAGCAUAUCAAGAAGAACACAUUCGUCAUGGAGUACGUAGGAGAGAUCAUCACAACAGAUGAAGCAGAGAGGAGGGGUCACGUGUACGACCGUCAAGGCUCGACAUAUCUUUUUGACCUGGACUAUGUGGAGGACGUGUACACAGUGGAUGCUGCUCACCUAGGCAACAUCUCCCACUUUGUCAACCACAGCUGUAACCCCAACCUGCAAGUAUUCAAUGUGUUCAUUGACAACAUUGAUGAGAGGCUCCCAAGAAUCGCUUUAUUUUCAACACGGGCUAUUCGGGCAGGAGAGGAGCUCACCUUUGACUACAAGAUGCAAAUUGAUCCAGUUGACACAGAAAGCACCAAAAUGGACUCCAGUUUCAGUCUAGCAGGGCUCCCCAGCUCUCCAAAGAAGAGGAUUCGAGUGGAGUGUCGUUGUGGAUCAGACUCUUGUCGAAAAUACCUAUUUUGAUAAGGGACUGCUAGGAACGCAACACUGUUAUUUGUGUAAAGAUGUGGAAAAUUGUACAGAUUUUUAAAUGGAUUUUUAUUUUCUUCUUGUUUAUGAAAGCUGAAAUCCACCAUCAAACUUCAUCAAUGUAUGAACAUGACAAGCUCUUCCAAGAUAUAUAGAUAUAUAUAUAUAAAAACAAUCCAGUUUCAUAUCUGUGAUUUACUUCAACAAAAUGUAAAGCUUCUAGUUUUCCUUUAAAUUGAAGACUGCAUCAGUGGGUUAUUUUUGUACUUAAUUCCAAUAAUUUUAAAUAUCUUUCUCCGUCCACUUUAAAUUGCAGGAUAGAUAAAAAUAGAUGAGUGAUCUAGCCUGUAUAUUAGCCCAUCACUAUAGAGUGCAGCACAAGAAUAAAUGUCCAUUUACAUUUUGAGUAAAACAUUUUCUGUGGUUGCCUUCUCCAUGCUCUAAAUAUGUAUUCUACACGUAUGAUGGGUAUUUACCCACACCUUUUCAUGACUGUUAAAUGAUAAUUGCAGUUUUUAUAGCUUGGGUCUUAGUUUUGUCCAUUAUUUCUACCAGUAACAACACUGCACUCACCAAGUUAAUAGCUGAGAUCUGGGAACACAGCCAUAUCUAAGGAAGGAUUCUGAUGGGUCAAGAAAUAUGAGGAGUCAGAUGAUCAGACAGGUUGGAAACACAACUCCAGGACAGACAAAUUUAUGUGGAUGAGAAAAUUAAGGUGAACAGGAAAAUUACGACACAAACUCUUUUGUAAACAUCCAUUGCAGUUUACAGACCCACUCCCUGCUUCAACUUUUACCUACUAGACUUACUGUAGUGUUAUGAGUGUAUGUGUCUGAGAGUAUUGUGAGCGAUUAUUAGUAACAUUUCACUCGAUUCACACUUUCAGAUUGACCUUCAAAUAAAAUGGUUUAAAUAAUCUGGAUAAACUAUUGGUGUGUUUCCAACAUGUCUGAUGAUCUGACUGCUUGUUUUUUGACAUCUUUUUAUUCUUUUUAGUGUUCUCAGCUGUUAACUUGGUGAGUGCAAUUCAAUAACUGUGAAUGAUGGACAAGGGUAAGGCUCAUUUGCUCAUUUGAGGGCAAAUUAGUCCUAUGUAUUUUGUUAGUUCCAUCUAAUUAACUGGUCAUACAGUUUCACGAAAGGCUCUCGGCCAAAAGUCACCAUAUUCUAAUAAAAUGAUCCAGUUGGAAAGCAGCUACAGCCAAAGUGCCAGUGUUUGGUUUUGUUCAGAUACAGUACAUGUAUCAGGCUAUACCGCAAUUUGUUACCCUGUCAUCACCAUACACAUCGCUGUUAUCCUGUGUGUUGCCCAUGUUGUCAUGACUCAUUUGCUCUUUUGGCAGAGAAUCUCUCAUUGUCUCCAAGUAGGAUUGAAUUGUCCAAGAUCAAAUGAUUUUUUUCCUCUAAAUAGAGAUUUAGUAGUUAUGUAAGUAAUAUGGCUUUUUUUUUUGUUUCUUUUGCCUUAAGUCUUGUCACUUGCAUUUCAUCAUGCUCCUGAUGCUCCGUUGAUUUAACAGUGAAUUAUGGUUAGGGUCUCAGUAUGCCUCAAAAGAAUUGGUUCAUACAGUGUUUUGUCCGACAACCAAGUCAGUGUUCCUAGUUGUUCGCAGUGUCCACACUGGAGGGCAAGUUGAUAAACCUGCUAUCAUAUUGUCCUCCUGGCUAAAUUCCUGCCUCUCUGAGCUCUCUCCAUGGACUGGAUAUCUGUUUUUGGAAACAGACAACCUCCAACACAGUCUGCUGAUCUGACAAACACUUUGUUUAAGGUACACUGAGGUCUUUACAAUUUGACGUCAGCUUUCAAGUCCCAUUCAACAUGUAGCAUGUCAGAUAGAUCUCCCCAAGAUGUGAAUUAUUAUGCAGUGACCUUGAAGCUGCAGACAAACUGCAGGGAAGGAGUGACCAUCAGCUGAGCCAACACCGCUGCUCAGUGUGUGUGUAUGUGUGUGUGCAUGUGCACUCUGUGCUCUUUUCACCAACAGCAGAUGUGGAGGAAGGUUGGGACAUUACAAAAGUCAAUUCUCAGAAUAUGUUUUACACCUUCAAUGUCACUGUCACUGUUGGGAAACUGUAUGGGUUAAAGCUUCAGUUCACAUAGAUGAUUUUAAGAUUGCAGGUAAAACUAUCUGCAUUGCCAAACACCAUCAGGGACAGGUGAGAAGUUUUUUUUUUUUGUGAUUAUAAUGACCUGACCAUUUAAAUUAGCUUUCCUUUUUGUCACAAAAGUGAUUGAAAGGAUGUAUGUAAGUAUGUAUUGUGUGGUCAGAUAGCUGAUUAUUUUUACACUGUGUAUAUUUAAACAUUUUAGAUAUCAGUACUUGUUUUUAUCAGUGUGUUAUAGGUGGAGAACAAAAGCAAUGUC